AUGGAGGCAAUCUUAUCGGUAUUUAACUGUUGUUUUCCAUGUUUUCCGGAUCUAUCCUCACCAUACUUGAUAAUCAACAACGAGAGAUACAAAAUCAUUCGUCUUUUGGGAGAAGGUGGUUUUUCAUAUGUGUAUUUGGUUUCCCACAAGUCUCAUAAUAAUUCCCUAUACGCAUUGAAGAGAAUAAGAUGCCCCUAUGGCUCCAACGAUGAAGCGUACAAAAACGCCAUGAAAGAGAUCAGAAACCAUCAUCGGUUUACAUAUGCCAAAACCCCCUAUAUUAUUCAAUCAAUAGAUGAAGCAGUUGUUCAAGAAAAGGAUGGAUCUCGAACCAUUUGUAUUCUUCUUCCGUAUUUUGAAAAGUCAUUACAGGAUAUAAUCAAUUACAAGGUGCUAAAUAAUGAAACUAUGAAUGAGGAAGAGAUUUUACGAAUCUUUGUGGGGAUUUGCCGAGGAUUACAGGUAAUGCAUAAGUACAAGAAGGUCACCAGAGCUGCCAAUGGAGACACAAGGUCCACCACGCAACUGGAGGAUGAGGCAGACCUACUUCUACCAGAAGUCAGUGAUGAUGAAGAAGGACUCAGUUCCAGCGGUGCAGGCCUUGAGAUGGAAGAAAUGAUUCCGUUUGCUCAUAGGGAUAUUAAGCCCGCGAACGUGAUGCUUUCUGCUGAAGGACUUCCUGUGUUGGUAGAUUUGGGAUCGUGUUCACGAGCUCGUUUAACCGUGAAAAACAGACAACAGGCAUUAACCUUAACAGACUUUGCCCUGGAGCAUUGUACUUUACCCUACAGAGCUCCGGAAUUAAUAGACGUUGAAACCAAUGCUGAGAUCACUGAAAAGACCGAUAUCUGGUCGUUGGGCUGUUUAUUGUACAGCUGCUGUUUCGGGUUCUCACCAUUUGAAAAGAUGGAGAUUGAACAGGGGGCCAACUUAACGGUGGCCAUUUCCAACGGACGCUAUUCUAUUCCAGAAAACACGCACGACUACUCUCCAGAUCUCAUCAAAAUGAUCGAGUCUUGUUUGGUACUUGACAGCAAAGCCCGUCCUUCAGUUGAUGAGUUACUUGAGAUGGCUCUUGAGUCGCAACGCAGAAGCUAA